CCGUGCGCUGUGUGAUCUGCGCGCUGCGUGCAUGGAGGAAGCAGCUGCUGAUCUGAUCUCUGACAUCGUGUGAGUGAGUGAGUGAGGCAGGCAGACAUCUGAAUUAAACUUAAGACGACGUGUCUGUAAAGAAACAGCAUAAAAACCGAGGCGGGGAUUGCAUGAUUGGUGGAAUCAAGACACAGCCCAUUAAGGCCCGCUUCAGUGAAAGCAACAGUGACGUGACCGUUUCCUUGAUUGAAAGAAAGGAAGAGGGAAGGACGGCUGUGUCCUGUGUCACAAUGGGUCUUUGUCUCAUCACCGUUGGCUGAAUUAACAGGAUUUGUUUAAUUGAUGGCAGUAUGACAACAACAAGCUAGUUGACCAGCUUGUGUACCUCUGUGAUUUAAUGGGUCCAAUCAUUGGGAUGUCACCAGAUAAAAAAACGGAAAUUCCGGGUAUGCAAGAGGAGCGGACAGGACUCAGAGGUGUCUGCGGUGUGGGUACGCUACCCGAGGCGGAGUGUGCGUCCAGUCCGCUGGCAACAAGCGUGGACCGCACCGGCGGUACCGAGGAUGAGGAGCUCACUAACCUCAACUGGCUCCAUGAGAACUUGCUUCAGAACUUCACACUGGGCGGCCCUGAAGCUCAGCCCAGCGGCAGCCCCCUCUUCGACAUAGAAGGAGAUUACGGGCCAAACCAGGGCCCGUCCUCCUCUUCCUCAUCUUCGUCACACAGCAGAGGCAGGGAACGAGACUCGUUGAAGUCGAAGCCCCCUUUCUCGUUUUCCCUACUAAUCUACAUGGCCAUUGAGCAGUCUCCCAGCAAGUCCUUGCCUGUUAAAGAAAUCUACGGCUGGAUUCUGGAGCAUUUCCCUUAUUUCUCCAACGCCCCCACUGGCUGGAAGAACUCAGUUCGUCACAACUUGUCGCUAAACAAAUGCUUCCGGAAGGUCGACAGGAGUUUGGGAAAGGCCAAUGGAAAAGGUUCUCUGUGGUGUGUUGAUCCCGAGUACCGCCCCAACCUAAUCCAAGCACUGAAGAAGCAGCACUUCCCAGCCGCACAUGCCUUCUACACACCACCCGCCUCCCCACCCAGUGCCUCCUCGCCCCCUCGCCAUCUCUUUUUACAAGGCUGUUCAUUUAAAGAGUCUGACAUUGAUGCUGCCACUGCCAUGAUGCUCUUAAACUCUGCCCCCGGGCACCACGUUGACCCAUGUAAUUCUGACACCCCGCUGGACCUUUCCCGGCCCGACUCUGUACUGGUGAGCAGUGAUCCAAAGCAGGACCACAACUACAGCAGUGCGGCCCUGCAGCGCUGCUCCUCCCGUUCCUCCUCUUCCUCUCUUUCCUCCCUGGAUGAAGGCAGUUGUGACCGCAGGCAGUCCCACCGCGCCGGCAGCGAGGGUUUCCACAGCGACGAAGCCGACGAGGACUCCGACCUGUGGGACGAGAAGGGCCUCAGCCAGACUUCUCGACGUCCCCCCGCCAUCAAGUGGCCCAUAAGCAAACGGCCACGACGCGAGGUCAAGCCGGAGUUGGAUGAGGAGCUGAAGGAGGCAGCCGGCUCGUUGCUCCACCUCGCCGGUAUACGCAACUGCUCAGAGGGCUCGAAACGCACUGUCAAGAGCACAAAACUCAACAGGAAAUAAAGUUCCCUUCACCCCCAUAAGACUCCGGACCCUGUGAACCGUCACCUCUGACCCCUGAUGAUGUGUCCCAGUGUGCCUCCUUCUCCUUACCUGAUCGUUCAUUGGCCAUUUUGAGCCUUUUUUUUGUGUGUGUGUGGGAGUAUCUCUGUCCAACAAAACAAAUGGCAAUAGUAUCGUUCACACAGGAGAACAAAGCCAUAUAGAGUAACUCGGGGGAAGGGCUGGCGGGGGGGGAUUGUUUGGGCCAAGGAGAACGAUCAAGAUACCUAUCCAAAAUGACCUGCCUGCUUCUGUCGGAUUAGAAGAUUGCGAUUCAAGAAUUUUCUCAAAGAAAAUAUGGAAUUCAAGGCCGAAGGUUUUAUAACUCAAAGCGUUGCAUGCUUCCUCCUCAUACCUGUAUUCUCUCUUCCAAGUGAAUCUAUUUAUGAAGCGAAUGAGUGCAUGUUUGUAACAGACAAAAUCUAACCUCCUGGAGUUAUCAGUUUCUCCUCUUUGUUCUACAGACAAAAAAAAAGAAAAAAAUGCCACUAUUCCGAAUGGAGCCCUCGCUCUGUAAAUCCUCUUGUAAGAGAUGCAAUAAUUCAUCCAUAACCUUAACUUUUUGACAUUAUUCCAUGGUGGCAAUUUUUCAGAGUUGAGUAUGCUAGUAAAACUUUACAAUUAAGAGAAUGAAUGGAGUAGUAUUAUGACCUUGUUAUGCGAUACACUUAUUAUUACACAUGAGCCGUGGCUCUUUUUCAGGAUUAGCAAGAUGUGGAAAUAGUAUUACCCUGCCACUGCCAAAUUUAGUUGCAAAGAUAGCUAUAGUACUUCUCUCAGUUUUUGUGCAGCCAUUAUGAUGACAAGCCUGUUUCCUUUUUGUUGCAAACUCCCUGCACAUCUAUCAGUCUCUUUCAUCACCAGCAUGAUUUAGACAUUUAUUGUGCAGAACAUUUAUUCCCAUGUUUGGUGCCAGCCUAUGCAAAGUGAACAUCUGCCACGCCUUUGCCAGAUCUUCACCGCGUGUUCAUAGGUUACCCUGGUGUAGAUUUUAUUUUUGUGUAUCAUAGUGAAUGUCGACUUCCACCUAAACCCGUGUUGAUGGUCACGAGGAAUCAUUUCACACAGUCAGAUAGUUUGCUUUUACUUUUCUGACAAAUGUGGCUCCAAUGAAUCAGAUGAACAGAAGAUGCCAGAUCUCCCUGCUACAGCUGUCCUGCGGUCCUUUUUGGAGGAGAAGCGAGGAACAGAAGCGGAUAGUGCUUAACACAGCGUGUGCAGUUAGUUUAUAUCUCUGUCUCCUUGGUUUUUGUACAAUGCACUUACAGAAAAAUUACAUAAUUUAUACAAGUGAUCUUCUGUUGGGUCAUUCCAUGGCUAAGUUAUUAUACAAUUUUUGAAGAAUGGUUCUUCUGUUAUGGUUGAAAUUUUGUAAAGACACAUGCGUUAGAGCAUCUUCAAGGAGGAGUCCCUUUGCAUGCGAGAUAGUCGAGACAUGUGCUGACCUCAGUUCUGGCUGGCGAGGAACGUUUGUUGUUGCUCUUCCCCUCCAGAACAAAAUAAGGAAGUACGAGUUCUCUUCUGGAGUGCUUAAUUGUCAGUUGAUUACAAGCAGUUCGCUGAGGGGAAGUUGCCAGACACUCACGUUGACGGCCACAAAUGUCAUUUGAGCUUUUUGAGAGGCUGCACACUCAUAGCGCACGUAGCAAAGACGAACUCAAGGGGGAUAGUAAGAAAAAUUGAAUAUUUCUUCCAACAGUUCUGGUGUUGCUGCGACUGUCAGUCAGGCAUACAUGGUCAGUGCCAAACCUUUUUCUUGUGCCACUGAUGUGAAACUGCAAAGGGCCAUGAUCACUAUGUACCACUGCUGACGCACUGUAGUUGCAUUUUCUAAAAUAAGGAAAUGGGAGACGACUCGAGUCAGCAGAGUGACUGAACCAGGCUUUUGGUUUAUUUCUGUCACUUACGAGUGGGAAUAAUUGAAUAAGCUGCAGUUCCUCAGAACGAAUACUUGCAUACACUGGUUUUGCUCAGCUGUGAAAAAAAGAACAAAUUAUUGUUCAUCAAUCAUCACCUUAUUUAUAACUAUAAUUUAUGGGAUUUUUGAAUGCCUACUCUAUCAAACACUGGUCAUGUGAAACAAAUGACAAGGCACCUUUAUUUUCCUAACUCUGUGAACUCCUUUUACGGAGUAUUUUUGAUUUUCUCCUUCUUUAUUUUACAGCAAUACACUCUUUUUUUUGUUUUCUUUUUACAGUGAUGAAGUAUUUUGCCAAUGUUUAUUGUCUUUUGAGCGGGUUUUGUUUCCCUCCAAUUUAACACAACUGCCAGGUUUUCUCAAUGUUUUUGUUUUGCUUUAUUUUUUAUUAGACUGGAUAGAAUACAGUUAAUUAACAUUGAUCCUGAAAGCUUUUUGUUGCCAAAACUGAUGUAUAGCAGGGGUAUGGAAAUGGAGGUUGAUGCAUUCCCUGUGUACUGUGAGAGUUCUUUUGGGCCGAUUUAAUCAUUUUUAUGUUCGUUUUGUGUAUAGUUUAUGUUUAGGUAUGGCUUGAAUAGUCAGAAAUCGAAGAAUAGCCGUCAGUCUCAACACAGAUUAGAUUUUUAAAGAAUUACUGCCACUCAUAACUCAUGCUUCCAAGUGUUGUUAAUGGGAUGCUGAAAUGUUUGGAAUAUCACUGUAAACUGGAUCAGACUAACUCAGCUCCUGGGCAGCUGCUGUCUCAUGUCAGACCUAUAUUUGAGUGCAACAACUGCAGAGAAAUUAUGGAAAGGCCUGCAGAGGAUCGCUCACUCAUUUUUUUUCUGUAGCACUUGAAUAACUAACAAUAAGUUGGUCUCAAAGUGACAGAGCGGAUGUGUGGAUGAGCUACCUAAAUGUUUCACGGUCCCAGGACUUGCACAACUUCUAUAAAAAAAAGAGAAAAAGAAAAAAAAAAAGGCCUUGUCGCUUCAUUGCUCUUCAGCUGUUCUUGAAUAUUGAUUGUGUGAUUUUUGUUGCAGUUCCAAUGGGUGUAAUAAUUCUUGCAUUUGACGAAGCUGCCAACCCAGUAUCAGUUUAUUUGUUGUCUGCCAUGUCUGUUGGACUGACACACCUUUUUGGUUUUUGUAUGCUAACCUCUGUUGAUAAAAUGUUUAUAAGAUUUAUUUUCGCCAAAGAUAUGCAAUUGCAUUAUAUAUGGUAUUACAAAAUAUUAAUAAAAUCCUGUUCUUGUUA